GAUUCUGGACAGACAGCACAGUUUUAUCCUACCAUAACCUGUAAAGAUGUCUGAGCAAGGAUAUCCUUCACCAGCUGCCCCUGAAAGAUGCCUAAACACACCUGAACCACAGAGGACCGGCUCCUGCAAGACACCGAUCCAAAUCCUUUUCGAACACGGCGUGGUUAGUGGAGACCUGCCUGUGUUUGUGAUGGAGAAGGCAGAAGGAGAAGCUCACCAGCCCAGCUUUGUCUUCAGUGUGACCAUUGGAGGAGUUAAAUGUACAGGUCAAGGUUCAAGUAAAAAGGCGGCCAAACAACAAGCUGCAGAGGCUGCACUGAAAUUAUUAAACAUCGACACUGAAAGUGGGGUUGUUCCUGGGCGGUCCAACACGAACGGUGUGGUAGCAGAACCAAACAACCCCGUAGGCUUGCUUCAGACGCUGGCGUUGCAGAAAAGAUGGCGCGUUCCCGAAUACAUCAUUUUAACUGAAAUGGGGCCGCCGCACAGGAAAGAGUUCACUAUUAUAUGUAGAUUGGAGUCGCUCACAGAACAGGGGGUUGGUAGCACCAAAAAAGCAGCAAAGAAGGAAGCAGCAGAGAAAAUGUUGGCAAAGAUUCAAAGUUUGUCGGGCUCCUCUGAGAUCACAUGGACUCCGAAUCCAAGCGUUGGCUUUGAGAACAUCAGGAACUCCACAGCAGAGAAGAUCUCUCUACUGAGGAGAAACCCCCUGAGCAUUCCCAACACCGACUACAUUCAGAUGCUGCUAGAGCUCUCCAAAGAGCAAGGCUUUGAAGUCACAUACUUUGACAUCGAUGAGCUGACGGUGAACGGUCAGUACCAGUGCCUGGCAGAGCUGUCCACCUCCCCCGUCACCGUGUGCCACGGCACCGGCAUCUCCUGCAGCAAUGCCCACAACGACGCGGCGCACAGCGCACUCCAGUACAUGAAGAUCAUGGCCACCAGCAAAUAGAAAUCCAACCAGCAUUCACAGAUACUUCACCUAAACCAUCGCCUGUCGUCUUGUGUGUAACAGAGCAGCUCCGUGGGAUUUCUGUUGACUGUUGACAUCUAGCAGAAGCAGGUUUACCGUGGUGCUUCAGGAGUAUAGAAGUAAAUUUUAAAUGACUGCAAACAAUUAGCUUUUUCUUAAACAGCUGAAAGCCACGCUAUUCUCACACAGGGUUAUUCUCACGUUGAAAUAUAGAGCAUAACUACAUUUAUCUGGCAUAAAAACAAGACAAAAUUUUACACUGCUAACUUCUUAGCCUGUCCCCCUUUGUUUCUUUCCCUCUUCCUCCACAGUUAGCUUGAAAUUCAAACUGACAUUAAAUAAAUGUAAGGCAGCUCUGGUUAGCAUUGAAACUACUCACCUAUUGUAAAUACAGCAUUUUAGUUACCUACAGGAAUUCUGUUAGCUUAAAAAAUAUUCUUCAAUCACUAAAAUACAUCAAAAAUCACUUUUUAUCUGUUCAGAAGAAACCCUCAAUAUAUUAAUGUUGAUUCUAUUAUGAAAGUCUCACGUAUAGUUCUGCUCGCUCAUUGAUUGACAUCUAUCACUUUUUUUGAUAGUCAAUCAAAAAAAAAAUUUAAUACAUAUUUGAACUUAAAAAACUAAACAUUUAUUGCUUAUUUGAAACGCGCUAAAUACCAAAAUAAUGUUAACAAUCUAUUCAACGCUCAGAAAUGAUGAAUUCUGAAUAGAUCGUAUUCAAACAAGUUUUUUUACAUCCUAAAUGCAAAAUCUAUAUUUUUUUCGUAAAGCUGUUACUCAAUGAGUUGGUUUUUAUUAAAUGAUUUAGUGUGACGAUUAUUCGAUCACUAAAUUCAUUGUCAAGAUGGAGCCAUAAUGACAUUCUGAGUAGAACAGAGAGAUAAAAAUAAAAGCCUGCAUAAAAUAUAUAAGGCUCUUUAGGAGGGAAAGUGGAUCACUUACAGCAGCUGAAAAAUGUCCCUGUGGAGAAGUCUGAAAAUAUGUGCAUGAGGCUAUAGUAUGAUGGUUUUACAUAAAGCCAUAGAUUGCUCUGGGAAAGAAACCAUAUUUUGUCCUGGAUGUAAUGAUCCUCAAUUGCUUUUACUGUCAUGGUGCAGAUUAUUCAUAUUUUUUUAUUUCUAACUACCAUCUAUAGAAUAUCAUUGGUUUAAAUUGUUUUUUUCUAAUUCAAUGCACAAGAUCAGAUUUGUUUGUUUUAUCUAAACGCGCUCUGCAGAGCGGUUUGCGCCCUUCAAACUGACCUGCAUGUUACUUUCAGCUUUCCUGAUCGUAUAAAUGUGAUUCUGUGGAACAAAAUCUCCAGACUUGUGUAAGACCUCAGCACCAGUGCAGAUUCAGGAGUUUGAAACCAGAAAAUAAAACCAAUAGAGUCCUAAA